UCACCCAUGCCCAGAGGAAGAAAAUAUCCAAGUACAGCUCCAUCACCCAGUUCCUCCUCCUGGCAUUCAUAGACACACUGGAGCUUCAGCUCUUUUACUUCUGGCUCUUCUUGGGCAUCUACCUGGCUGCUCUCCUGGGCAACUGCCUAGUUAUCAUGACCAUAGACUGCAACCACUGCCUCUGCACCCCCAUGUACUUCUUCCUCCUCAGCCUCUCUCUUCUUGACCUGGACUCCAUCUCCACUGUUCCCCUCAAAGCCGUGGCUAAUUCCUCAUUGGACACCAGGGUCAUUUCCUAUGCAGGAUGUGUUGCACAGGUGUUUAUUUUAGUGUUCUUGAUCACAGCAGAGUUUUAUCUUCUCAUAGCCAUUGCCUACGACUGCUACAUUGCUAUCUGCAAACGCCUGUACUAUGGGACUCUCCUGGGCAGCAGAGCUUGUGUCCACAUAGGAAAGGCUGCCUGGGGCAGUGGGUUUCUAUAUGCUCUCCUGCAUGCUUCCAAUACAUUUUCCCUACCCCUCUGCCAAGGCAAUGCUGUGGACCAGUUCUUCUGUGAAAUCCUCCAGAUCCUCAAGCUCUCCUGCUCAGACGCCUACCUCAGGCAAGUCAGGCUUCUUUUUUUUAGUGUUUGUUUAGUCUUUGGUGGUUUUGUUUUCAUCGUGCUGUCUUAUGUGCAGAUAUUUAGGGCUGUGUUGAGGAUCCCCUCUGAGCAGGGUCAGCACAAAGCCUUUUCCACGUGCCUUCCUUACCUGGCUGUGAUCACCUUGUUUCUAAGUACUUCAGCAUUUGCCUACCAGAAGCCCUCCUUCAUCUCCUCCUCAUCUCUGGAUCUCUCCUCCUCAGUGGUGCAUCCAGCAGUGAACCCCCUUAUCUACGACAUGAGAAACCAAGGGAUCAAGGAUGCCUUGUGGAAAAUAUUUGAAUACACACUAUUCCAGCAACAAUAUGUGCCCAUCAUCUUCACAGGACUCCCAGGGUAG